UUGCUCCAGUGUCAUCAUUAUUUUGGCUCAAUUUUAUGGUUCGUUUUUCAGCUUUCCAAUGUAGAAAAAUUCCUUGGUGAGUUCGUUGUAUGCAAUAGAAAGGACGCUGAGGAAGCCUUAUCCUGUGGAAAUGUGGAUUGGUGGAAAGACAUGAUUGUAGAUAUGGAGAUUUCACCUGGACAUGAUCAAAUCAAAAUGUCUAGUCUUAGUAUGGUAACACAGCUUGCCAGAGCAACAUGUGCAAGUCAAGAAUUUAUCACUUUAUUAGAAGAAUGGCCUAUUCCAGUUUUUCCGAUAAAAGGACUCGAUCUUAUGAGUGCUGGUGUGAAAAGUGGUCCGAAAAUGAGGUUGACUCUCUCGUAUCUCUUCGAUUUAUGGAAGAAGAGCAGAUACGAAAUGAACAAGGAAGAGCUACUUUCUCACGCUCUCGAUGACGCAAUUCCAGAUCCACCGUCUCCACGAAAAAUGGCAAAAAAACGUCGCGCUGAGAAUUCAGUGAAUAAAUGA